AUGUUUUCCAAAAGAGCAGUCUACACCGAGAAGGGCCCUGCGCCCCUGGCUGGAAUCUACAACCAGGCGAUCAUCGCCAAGGACAUGGUCUAUUGCUCGGGCGUCAUCGCGACUGACCCUGCCACUGAUGACCUGGUCGAAGGCGAUAUCAAGGUCCACACGGUGGGUGAAACAGGAUUCUCUAUUCUUGCAGCCGGCGCUGAUGCGGCGGGCACCGAUAUCGACAAUGUCGUCAAGGUGACGGUGUACCUGUCUAACAUGGAGGAAUUUGACGCAAUGAACUCGGUCUACUCGCAAUACUGGGGCAAUGUCAAGCCGUGUCGCACGUAG